AUUACACCAUAAAUGACACCGCAGUGGAAAGUUGGACCACAGGAUGUGGUCAUCAACACUACUUGGGACAUUGACGGGCCCAGCCUUCGUGGGCGGUGUGUGUUUUUGAACCGACAGUUUACAAAUCCGGGCCUAUUUCGUUGGAAGAGGUUGCGUGACAUCUUUCAUCUCCUGAUCCCUGCUGUUGCGGCAUCUUGGCUGUCCGCGUGUCAACCAUGCACCCCUCACACACAGUCGCCGCUCUGGUGUGUCUGUUGGCGGGGGCCGUGGCCGCCGUUCAGAGCCCACCUGAAACAGUCUUCCUGGACAAGCAGCAGGCCAGCUCGCUGAUCUCUCGUCACAAGAGGAGCGUCGACGGCGCCAACCAGCCGUCCUCCACCCUGGAGCAGGCCUGCAUGGAGAGGGUGUGCACCUACGAGGAGGCCCGAAAGCACUUCCAGGACUCGUACCGCACGGACAUCUUCUGGUCCGUCUACAUCGACGGAGAUCAGUGUGCAGACAGACCCUGCAAGAACGGGGCCUUGUGCUCCGACAGCGUGGGAGGCUACGACUGCGUCUGCAAGGCGGGCUUUUCGGGGGUCCACUGUGAGACCGACCAGACCCUGUGCGUCCUGGAGAAGAACAAGGGAUGCUCCCAGUUCUGUAAGCCGGGCUACACGUCCUACGAGUGCUCCUGUGCACGCGGGUGGAAACUCAGUCGCACGGACCGCAAUAAGUGCGAACCUGCAGUACGCUAUCCCUGCGGGAAGGUGAACAGCCUGAGUCGCUGGGAGGAAAGGAAGUCCAGCAACGUGCGGAGUAAUUAUCAAGGACUCGCCUGUGCCUCCGGAGAGUGUCCCUGGCAGGCUAUACUCAAGAACUCCGAGUCUGAAGGAUUCUGUAGCGGCAUCAUUCUGAAAGAGAACCUGGUCUUGACGUCGGCUCAGUGUGCGAUCAAGUACAGCUCCUUCCAAGUGGUUGUUGGCAAGCGCAAAAUGACCUACGAUGACGGCGAGCAGACCCUCUACGUGAAAAUAUCCCACAUGCACAAACACUACGUGCCGGGUCGCCCCGAGAACGACCUGGCGGUGGUGGAGCUCCGCGAUCGCAUUGUCUUCAGGAAGGAUGUGACUGCCGCCUGCCUCCCCGAGAAGGACUUUGCAGAGAGCGUCCUCAUGACCGGAGAGCUUCCCGCCGUGGUCACAGGCUGGAAAGACCCCCAGCAGGGAGUUUCUUCCUUUCAGGGCCCGCUGACCCUCAACCACCUGGCGUACAACGGUCUGGCUCAAUGUCUGGAGACUCAUCCCGACGUGAUGAACAACAAGAUGGGCUGCACGACCGCCCGCGCCAACGCCGACUGCACCAUGAGCUCCGGCAGCCCCCUGCUCACCUUGUACAGGGAGGUGUUCUUCCUCACCGGGGUGGUCAGCCAGCCGCCAGGCGCCGACUGCAGCAAGGGCUACGUCUUUCAGAAAGUCUCGCGCCACCUGGGCUGGCUUCAGUCGCUCAUGCGCUCCCUCUAGUGGACAAACGUCCUGCACUUCAAUCAUACCCACAUCUACCCUCUUACUACUGUACGACUGUAUCGCUCACUUCAUAGCUGCCUGCGGUUGCUCAUCCACAAGGUGGCGCUCGAGUAAAGUAAAGCAUAAGUGCACUGAAUUAUUCAGCAUGUGGAUGUACCUUGGAAUUCAUAAUAAUCAUCUUGUUCUUGUUUGACGUGUAAUCACCAUAACCAAAAUAAACUUAUGUGUCAUCUCCUGUA